UCCACCCCUCACGCUCUCCGCCCUGCUCGCUUUCAGUUCUUCCCCUCCCGCUCCAUCCGGGUCGCUGACGCCUGCCUCGGGACUGGACAGUGGUGGCGGCUGCUUUUCUCUGAGGAACCUGGUAAAGUUUCACAGGGGAGGGGAGCAGCGGAGCAGCGGCCCGAAGCCGGAGGAGCCCUGGUGAUCGCUGCCACUGGCUGAAGGAGGGUCCCGGAGCUGGAGACGUGCCUUAGCAGCCGCGCAGCCUCGCUUUUUGGGGAGGGGCCGCCCUCCGUCGCCUUGGGCUUUCCCUGCCCUGAGGGGCCGGAAAAGAACUUCAGUUUUCUGUUGAUGUGGAGACAUAGGGUACCUCCAACUUCCCAGUAUUUCAGAAGUGAGUUUUGUAUUGAAACUGGAAGACCAAAAUAAUUACAAGCAUGUUGUGCUGGGGAAAUGCAUCCUUUGGACAACUAGGUUUGGGUGGAAUUGAUGAAGAAAUUGUAUUAGAGCCCAGAAAAAGUGACUUUUUUGUAAAUAAAAAGGUCCGAGAUGUAGGAUGUGGACUCAGACAUACUGUAUUUGUUCUGGAUGAUGGAACUGUGUACACGUGUGGAUGUAAUGAUCUAGGACAGCUAGGUCAUGAAAAAUCCAGAAAGAAACCAGAGCAGGUUGUUGCCCUGGAUGCCCAAAAUAUCGUAGCUGUUUCAUGUGGAGAAGCUCAUACUUUAGCACUUAAUGACAAGGGCCAGGUGUAUGCUUGGGGUCUCGAUUCUGAUGGACAACUUGGCCUACUAGGAUCAGAGGAAUGUAUCAGAGUACCCAGAAAUAUUAAAAGUUUGUCAGAUAUCCAGAUAGUACAGGUUGCUUGCGGUUACUAUCAUUCACUUGCACUUUCUAAAGCAAGUGAAGUUUUUUGCUGGGGACAGAAUAAAUAUGGCCAAUUGGGUUUAGGCAUUGACAGUAAAAAGCAAGCUUCACCACAAUUGAUUAAGUCUUUGCUUGGAAUUCCGUUCAUGCAAGUGGCAGCUGGAGGAGCCCAUAGUUUUGUACUUACCCUUUCUGGAGCUAUCUUUGGAUGGGGACGCAACAAAUUUGGUCAGCUAGGUCUUAAUGAUGAAAAUGAUAGGUAUGUUCCUAAUUUACUAAAGUCACUAAGAUCUCAGAAAAUAGUUUAUAUUUGUUGCGGAGAAGAUCAUACAGCUGCGCUAACCAAGGAAGGUGGAGUGUUUACUUUUGGAGCUGGAGGGUAUGGUCAGUUGGGUCAUAACUCUACCAGUCAUGAAAUAAACCCAAGGAAAGUUUUUGAACUUAUGGGGAGCAUUGUCACUCAGAUUGCUUGUGGAAGGCAGCAUACUUCUGCUUUUGUCCCUUCAUCAGGACGAAUUUAUUCUUUCGGUCUUGGUGGUAAUGGCCAACUGGGAACUGGUUCAACAAGCAACAGGAAAAGUCCUUUCACUGUUAAAGGAAAUUGGUUUCCAUAUAAUGGGCAAUGUUCACUAGAUAGUGAUUCUGAAGAAUAUUUCUGUGUAAAAAGAAUUUUCUCAGGUGGAGAUCAAAGCUUUUCACAUUACUCUAGUCCCCAGACUUGUGGGCCACCUGAUGACUUCAGAUGUCCAGAUCCUUCAAAGCAGAUCUGGACAGUGAAUGAAGCUCUAAUUCAAAAAUGGCUAAGCUAUCCCUCUGGAAGGUUUCCUGUGGAGAUAGCCAAUGAGAUAGAUGGAACAUUUUCUUCAUCUGGUUGCCUGAAUGGAAGUUUUUUAGCUGUUAGCAAUGAUGAUCACUAUAGAACAGGGACCAGAUUUCCAGGGGUUGAUAUGAAUGCUGCUAGACUUUUAUUCCACAAACUUAUACAACCUGAUCAUCCUCAGAUAUCUCAACAGGUAAAUGAGAAAGCAGGACAGAUUAUACAGUAUGAUAAAUUUUAUAUCCAUGAAGUACAAGAAUUGAUAGACAUAAGGAAUGAUUAUAUCAACUGGGUUCAACAGCAGGCCUAUGGAAUGGAUGUCAGCCAUGGAUUAACUGAGUUGGCAGAUAUCCCUGUUACAAUCUGUACAUAUCCGUUUGUAUUUGAUGCCCAAGCAAAAACUACUCUGUUACAAACAGAUGCAGUUUUACAGAUGCAGAUGGCUAUUGACCAGGCCCACAGACAGAACGUCUCUUCUCUUUUUCUCCCAGUGAUUGAAUCCGUGAAUCCAUGCUUAAUUCUAGUGGUGCGUAGAGAGAAUAUUGUGGGAGAUGCAAUGGAAGUCCUUAGGAAAACGAAGAACAUAGAUUACAAAAAGCCACUCAAGGUUAUAUUUGUUGGAGAAGAUGCUGUGGAUGCAGGAGGGGUACGCAAAGAAUUUUUUUUGCUCAUCAUGAGGGAAUUAUUGGAUCCUAAAUAUGGCAUGUUUAGGUAUUAUGAAGAUUCCAGGCUCAUUUGGUUUUCAGAUAAGACAUUUGAAGACAGUGAUUUGUUCCACUUGAUUGGUGUCAUCUGUGGAUUAGCAAUUUAUAAUUUCACUAUUGUGGACCUCCAUUUUCCUUUGGCUUUGUAUAAGAAACUGCUUAAAAAGAAACCAUCCCUGGAUGAUUUGAAGGAACUAAUGCCUGAUGUUGGGAGAAGCAUGCAACAAUUAUUGGAUUAUCCAGAAGAUGAUAUAGAGGAAACAUUUUGUCUAAAUUUUACGAUCACAGUUGAAAACUUUGGUGCAACAGAAGUGAAAGAACUGGUUCUAAAUGGUGCAGACACAGCUGUUAACAAACAAAAUCGGCAGGAGUUCGUCGAUGCUUAUGUGGAUUACAUAUUCAAUAAAUCAGUGGCUUCCUUAUUUGAUGCUUUCCAUGCUGGCUUUCAUAAGGUCUGUGGAGGAAAAGUUCUUCUGCUCUUCCAGCCUAAUGAACUACAAUCAAUGGUUAUUGGAAAUACAAAUUAUGAUUGGAAAGAAUUGGAAAAGAAUACAGAAUACAAAGGGGAAUAUUGGGCAGAACAUCCUACGAUAAAAAUUUUUUGGGAAGUAUUUCACGAAUUACCAUUGGAAAAGAAAAAACAAUUCCUGUUGUUUUUGACAGGUAGUGAUCGAAUUCCUAUUCUUGGUAUGAAGAGUCUGAAACUAGUCAUCCAGUCAACGGGAGGUGGUGAGGAAUAUCUCCCAGUUUCCCACACCUGUUUUAAUCUUCUAGAUCUUCCAAAAUAUACAGAAAAAGAAACUCUACGCUCUAAACUGAUCCAAGCUAUUGAUCACAAUGAAGGCUUCAGUUUAAUAUAACUUCAGUUAUAACUAUUUAGUUUAGUGCAAAAGCAUUAAACUACUUGUGUUUUUCUUGUGGUGAUGAAUUCAGCAAAGUGUCAGAGGUACUAUUAUAAUUCCUACUUGCAAAAUGUUUGAUGCUAUGAGUAUUCAUGAAAGCCAAAAAAUAUUAAAGAAAAAUGAACUGUUAAUAUUAAACUUAUUGUACAGAACCAUGGAUUUUUUCCCAUCUUCCUCAUAAACAUACAAGUAUUGUGAAUACAUUAAAGUUUUACUAACAUAAAUUUUAAGAGUUUGCAUAUUUCGAGAAUGAUCUUUGAGUGCAUGGAAAUGUUGCUUAAUUUUUCUUCAAUCACUGGGUGGAAAAGCCUUUAACUUUGGCCUGCAAUAGUCAUUUGAUUAUUUUUCCAUUUUGUACAUAAUGUUAAGUUUUGUAAUAAAAUAGUUAUGUUCUGAUACCA